GCUGCGGCUCUUCUCGCAGCGCCGGCCCAGGCGACAGGCCGGCGCCGGCUCGCCCGACGACCGCCUGGUCGGCAGCUUCUUCAAGCUCGGCACCCUGGUGGACGUCCAGCUGCCCGACCUCACCGAUAUGCGCUGCUGGGAGUGCAAGCUGCCGCUGACGCACCCCAAGCACCUGACUGGCGUGUACGCGUGCAAGCGGUGCCGCUACACCACCUCCUGCGAGAAGAUCUACCCGGUACACCAGCGCGUGUUCCACUCCAAGGGCGUGGCGCCCGUGUUCUCGAUGAGCGGCGCGAUCCUGCUGGAGCGGCCGCUCUUCUGCGUGUGCGGCUACAGCGCCGACAGCGGCAACCGGCUGGCGAGGCACAUGAGCAACUGCGAGUGUCGCACAGCGUACCCGGCCUCCCAGGUCGAACCCGACGGUGCUUGCCCCGUCGGGUCGGACGAGGCUGGGAUAUCCGCUGACGGCUCGCUGUGGCUGGGGACCAAGGAGGAGCCUGUGGGCGAUGAGAUGCAGACGUAGGACGCGAAACCGGAAGCGCGUGCUUUAGCCUCUGCGCUGGAUCGCGCUGUAGAUGUUGCUGGAGCUGAAUUGCUGCAGGGCUGACUGUUGCUCAUGGCCGCUGAGACUUUGAUACGGCACUGGAGCCAGCAAGACGAACCGACAAGUUACAAGAUGGCGAGGCCUUGAAAAUCUCUUGCAAUGCUUUGCUGUUGUAGGCUGUGGCCGGACUGGCUGUCAGGUGCUGGACGGCGAGGUCGUUGGCAUGUGGUGUGCUGGAAUAGAUCGGCCAGCUAUGGAAAAUUGGCACUCUUUAAAACAGUGGUUGAUGUCUUCCGUGUUUAGCUUUGUGUAAUAAAGAACU